AUGGUGGAUUACUCCAAGUGGAAUGACCUGGAUGUCAGUGAUGAUGAAGAGCGACGCCGACCUCACGUGUCGAAGUUCGACACUCCGCAGACCGUCACAAUCGGACGCCAGGAGGUGCAAGCAGCACAAGCACAGGAUGUCGACAUGGAGGCUGAUGAUGACGACGAACCCUUCGAGACGGAGGACGAUGCCGCCGAGCCAGGGGAGGACCGACGAGAGGACGUUCUCCAGUGCCGCGCUUUGGCCGAGCGGGCCCUCAGGAACGGAGAUGCUGCCGAGGGAGUGCGUCUUCUUGAGAAGGCCAUGCGCCUGGGAGGAAGCGAUUGCCCAGGUGUUGAGGAGUUGCUGAGGGCUGCUCGGGUGCAGCUCGGUUCUACUGUGGCUACUGCCCAGCGUGCCGAGCCCGCGAAGGCGGACCCGCAGCAAAACGGAGGCACCGUUGAGGGCAGAUAUGUCUGGUCCCAGACGAAGGAGGCAGUAGAGAUCAACCUCUUCGUGCCGCCGGAGACAAAAGCCAAGGACAUCCAGGUGGAGGUCUCGGAUCUUCGUUUGCGCAUCGCCGGCGCUGGGCAAACUCUCCUGGAGGGUGACUGGGAGUUCAAGGUUUCGCCAGAAGAGGACCCGGACUGGGAGCUCAUCACCUGCCAGGAGCGGCGUGCCUUGCGUCUCCUGGUGCGGAAGGCCGCCAUGCCUGGGGGUAUGUCCGUGGCAGUGUGGUGGAGCAGGAUCCUGAAAGGGGAGCCGUCCAUCGACGUCGAAGGAAUAGAGGCUCGACAGCGAGAUCAAGACAAGAGCAAGCAGUUCCAGAAGGCAUGGGGCGAAGCCCAUGCCAUGUUCAAAGAAGCGGUCAAGAAUCGGCAGCCCAUUCCCAUCGAUGUGGGCCAGGGAUGA